GAAAAUGGGAGAUAUCGAGAAGGGCAGGAAGAUCUUUGUCCAGAAAUGUUCCCAGUGCCAUACAGUUGAAAAGGGAGGCAAGCACAAGACUGGACCCAACCUGAAUGGCCUAUUUGGACGCAAGACUGGACAGGCUGAGGGCUUCUCUUACACGGAUGCGAAUAAGAAUAAAGGUAUCACCUGGGGUGAGGAUACUCUGAUGGAGUAUUUGGAAAAUCCAAAGAAGUAUAUCCCAGGAACAAAGAUGAUUUUUGCGGGUAUUAAGAAGAAGUCUGAGAGAGCAGACUUAAUAGCAUACCUCAAAGAUGCCACUUCAAAGUAAAAGUUAUCUGCUGCCUUAUUUAUUUCACAAAGGAGAUGGCAAUGGAAAUAUCUGUGAUGAGAUUGGUUUUUAAACUUUCUAUUUUUACAUGUACUGUGUCUAACCUUAAAAUCUGUCUCACCCAUCCGAUAAUGUUGCUCACGGUGGGUCACUGGAGUACACGCUUGUUUGGCAGCCAUUAACUUAAUGGAAACUAUGUAAUUGGGUUGAUUUAAAUGACUAUAAUGUUCAGUCAUUCUUCAUCAUAGAAUUAAAAAAAAAAAACAAAACAACAAAAACCCAAAACAUUUCCGGCCUCUUCAUUGUUUAAAAAAAAAAAUAAUCUAUAAGUAAUCAAAUGCGUAAUUGUCAGCAGCAUAAUAGCUUUGACAGCCCAACUCUUCCAGAUUAAAAAGCAGGGUGGUUUUUGGCAUCUUUUACCGUACAUCUUCUGCUACCUUAAAGACUUU